AUGGCAGGCCACGAUACACAAUAUGGAACACUCCCGUCCCAACAGCAGCAACAUGACAUCUCGACUGACGAAAUGGCGGUAGCCGACACAGCAGCGCUGGCGAGUUCGGCGCACGAGGAGAUACCGCUGCGACGGACGAGCAGCAGGCCUGAGAAGGCGAAGAGUGUAAGCGGCGUGGAACAUGAUGAUGACCAAGACUUGGAAGCUGCUGCACGACCCGAGACGCCGGCCAGCAUUGAGAGUGCGCAAGUCGGUGUCAAGCGUGCAGAAGCUAUCGCGUCAACGUGGUCGAAGACGGCACUAUAUGUUGCAUACCUCGGUAUCGCGCUAACAGCAUGGGCGACCUCACUGGAGAGCCAGACAACCGUCAAUCUGGCAGUCUAUGCCACCAGCGCUUUCUCCGCGCACUCGCUGGUGUCAACUGUGAUGGUCGUGCAAGGCGUCGUGCUGUCGGUCGCGAAACCGCCCAUGUCAAAGAUCGCAGACGUCUUCGGCCGGUUCGAAGCCUUCAGCUUGUCAGUCCUGAUCUAUGUCAUCGGUUACAUACAACAAGCCGCUGCCGAUAAUGUCAAGACUUAUGCGGCGGCGCAGAUAUUCUACUCCGCUGGUUCGACUGGCCUACAGAUCUUGAUCCAAAUCUUCGUCGCCGACACCAGUGAUCUUCUCAAUCGCUCGCUUGUCGCCACAUUGCCGGAUGUGCCCUUCCUGGUCAAUGUCUGGAUUGGUCCGUCGCUGGCCGACACAAUCUUAAAGAAUUUGAACUGGCGAUGGGGCUAUGCGAUAUGGGCGGUCGUCCUCCCAGUGGCAUUCAUGCCUCUUGCUCUCACUUUGUGGAUGACACAGCGAAAGGCCGCAAAGAAAGGGCUCUUGCCACCUUCGCCAUUCAAGGACAAGACGGCAAUGGAGGUGGCGAAGAGUCUGUGGUAUGAGCUUGAUAUCUUUGGCCUUUUGCUGAUCUGCGCUGGCUUCUCUCUGAUCCUCAUCCCACUCACGAUUGGACCCUCUAUAUCCUGGGACAACCCAAGCGUGGUGGCCAUGCUUGUGGUUGGUGCGAUGUGUGUAAUUGGUUUCCCCUUCUGGGAGAGCAGUAAGACACUUGCUCCACGAGCAUUCUUUCCUCGAGCGCUGUUCAAGAAUCGCACUGUUCUUGCUGGCCUGACGUUUGCAUUCUUCUAUUUCUCUGCCUUCUAUCUAUCUAUCCUACCCUACUUCCAGUCAUACCUGCUCGUGGUGCACGGCCUCUCUGUUACUUCCGCCGGUCGCAUCACACAGAUCUUCACGUUUUCUGGCACUAUUACAGCAAUCCUUGUAUCGUUCAUCAUCAAGUACACUAAGCGCUAUCGAAUACUGGUCACUGCAGGCGCCUGUAUAUAUGUCCUUGGCCUAGUUUGCAUGGUGUUCACCCGGACACAGAAGUCGUCUCUGCUGGCUAUUGGAGCAUCGCAGCUACUAGUGGGCAUCGGAGGCGGAAUGUGCCAUGGUCCUGCGCAGCUUGGUGUACAGGCUUCGGCAAGCCACUCAGAAGUAGCUGCAGCCACGGCGGCCUUCUUGACUUUGCUUGAGAUCGGUGGUGCAGUCGGCUCAGCGAUAUCUGGUGCUGUCUGGAGUGGCAAUAUUCUCACGAAGCUUGAACUAUACUUGCCACCCGAAACACAGGAUCGAGCAGUCGACAUUUAUGGAAGCAUAAGUCUAGCCUCGACUGGCUGGCCGAUGGGUGACCCUACUAGGGAAGCCAUCAACCUAGCAUAUCAGGAGACGAUGACGAAGAUACUUAUCAUAGCGGUGUGCAUGGCGACACCAUGCAUCUUCCUUAGUCUGAUGAUGAAGGACUACAAGCUGGACGAGAUCGAACAGCAUGUCACUGGCGUUGUCAUAGGGAGUACGCAGGACGCGACAUACACUGCGGAGGCUGGACCUUCAGAUGAGUCUACGGUCAGACUACUGGGCGGCGGAGGAGAUGAUGGUGACGAUGAUGAUGAUGACGAGACCUACGGUAGUACGAACGGUAACGACAGACGUGACAAGCAGACGGGCUCAUUGUUUGGUGGCAAGCAGGUGAAGCGAGCAUGA